AUAUAUCAACUCUAGCUGGAUUUCAACACACAGUUGGUCAGAUUAGAGGAAGUUCACAACCACAGGAGGAGCUGAUAGUGUUUAGAGGAAGAGCUGUAACUAUAUGUAAUGAAGAGAAAGACUGACAGAAACAGAAAAUGGCUGAUAAGUGUGAUCUGUGUCUGCUGGGACUGAUCAUUCUCUCUUCACUUCUCACAGGUUCCAGUGGAGUGGAUGAUGAGAAUGUGUUCAUCAGUUCUGGUAAAAAUGUCCGUCUGCCCUGUAAUAAUGCUCUUUCUGACUGCAACUCAACUACAUGGAUCUAUAACAGUAUCAGACAUUCAGCAGCAGUUGAACUGAUUACUUUAGGGAUAAAGAAGAAAACAGAGAGACAUGAGAGACUGAGUCUGGGGUCUGACUGCUCUCUGAACAUCAAGAACGUCACAGAAGAUGAUUCUGGAUUAUACAUCUGCCAACAAUGGACAGGUCCAAAAAGAGACCAAAAACAAGGACCUGAUGCACGUGUUUCUCUGCAUGUUCUUCAUGCUGAAGAUGAUUCAACGACAGCAGUGAUUCCAGUCCACAUCACAAACUCAACUAGAAACACACCAGAAACUACAGCUCAAGAUGAUACAAGAACAGCAGUCACAAACUCAACUACAAACACACAAGUCGCAGUGAUUUCUGUCGCUGCAGUCGCUGUUUUCCUUCUUGCUGUUCUCUGGCUGAUCUGCAGAAAAACAGCUGAUAAUAAAAGAGGGACAGUCGACUCUGCGGUCAAAGAUGAGAAUGAACAUAAAGGGACGUAUGAGACGAUCAACACGUCCAUUCCUCCUGCUGCCAGAGCCAAUGAGCAGACAGAUGAUCAUGUGACUUAUUCUGAGGUCACUUUCUCCAAUAAAAAGCCAGUAAAAUCAGUGGAUGAUCAUAUUGAUACAGUGACUUAUGCUGCCAUCAGAUGAACAGAAGAUGAACCGCAGGAUGAACUUUACGCCUCUGUGAACAAGAAGAAGACCUUCACAAAUAAACAUUAAUCAUGAAUCAGAUCAUGAGCUCAACAUAUCAGGAGCAGACGGGACGUUUGGAAGAAUUAUACUGUGUAUUUGUAUGUCAACAAGCAGAUAUUUGUUGAAUGUCCCGUAAAUAUAUAAAUGAGGUUUAUUGUGAUCUAUAAUCUGGUCUGAGAAUCUCAUCUACACUAUAUUGCCAAAAGUUUUGGGACGCCUGCCUUUACAUGCACAUGAACUUUAAUGACAUCCCAUUCUUAAUCCGUAGGGUUUAAUAUGGAGUUGGCCCACCCUUUGCAGCUAUAACAGCUUCAACUCUUCUGGGAAGGCUUUCCACAAGGUUUAGCAGUGUUUUUAUGGGAAUUUUAGACCAUUAUAGAAGCACAUUUGUGAGGUCAGGCAGUGAUGUUGGCGAGAAGGCCUGGCUCACAGUCUCCGCUCUAAUUCAUCCCAAAGGUGUUUUAUCGGGUUGAGGUCAGGACUCUGUGCAGGCCAGUCAAGUUCAGUCAACUUGCUCAUCCAUGUCUUUAUGGACCUUGCUUUGUGCACUGGUGCGCAGUCAUGUUGGAACAGGAAGGGGUUAUCCCCAAACUGUUCCCACAAAGAUGGGAGCAUGAAAUUGUCCAGAAUGUCUUGGUAUGCUGAAGCAUUAAGAGUUCCUUUCACUGGAACUAAGGAUUCAAGCCCAACCCCUGAAAAACAACCCCACACCAUAAUCCCCCCUCCACCAAACUUUACACUUGGCACAAUGCAGUCAGGCAAGUACCGUUCUCCUGGCAACUGCCAAACCCAGACUUGUCCAUGGGUUUGCCAGACAGAGAAGCGUGAUUGGUCACUCCAGAGAACACGUCUCCACUGCUCUAGAGUCCAGUGGCGGCGUGCUUUACACCACUGCAUCCGACGCUUUGCAUUGCACUUGGUGAUGUAAGGCUUGGAUGCAGCUGCUCGGCCAUGGAAACCCAUUCCAUAAAGCUCUCUACGUACUGUUCUUGAGCUAAUCUGAAGGCCACAUGAAGUUUGGAGGUCUGUAACUAUUGACUCUGCAGAAAGUUGGCGACUUCUGUGCACUGUGAGCCUCAGCAUGCGCUGAUCCCACUCUGUGAUUUUACGUGGCCUACCACUUCAUGACUGAGCUGCUGUUGUUCCAAUUGCUUCCACUUUGUUAUGAGACCACUAGCAGUUGACCGUGGAAUAUUUAGUAGUGAGGAAAUUUCACGAAUGGACUUAUUGCACAGGUGGCAACCUAUCACAGUACCACGCUUGAAUUUACUGAGCUGCUGAGAGCGACCCGUUCUUUCACAAAUGUUUGUAGAAGCAGUCUGCAUGCCUAGUGCUUGAUUUUAUACACCUGUGACCAUGGAAGUGAUUGGAACACCUGAAUUCAAUGAUUUGGAGGGGUGUCCCAAUACUUUUGGCAAUAUAGUGUACUUUUUCACAAUAAUGGUACUUUCUCGUAAUAAUGAGAUAAUUAGAUACUUUCUCGUAAUGAUACUUUCUCAUAAUUUACGUGAUACUUUUUUGAAAUAAUGAGAUGAGAUACUUAAGAGUUGUUUUGACAAUAUAGGUUACCUACUAAACCUACUAACUAUCAAAAUGGAUUACUGUCAAACUGCAUUUAAACAGAAUCAUAUUCAAACACGUUUUUGUAUUAAGCAUGCAUAUCUAUUAAACAGAGAAAUUUCAUACCUUGAGCAGAUGAAUGAUGGAGAGGAGAGCAGAAUGAAAGUGCUGGAGCUGCUGGAUUUGGAUGGACAAUCAGCCGCACUGAGCAGCUUUUAUAUAGAGGGUAUGUGAGUGACGUCACCGUUACGCCCACUGAGUGGCAAAAAGACUGAGCGUCAGCAUUGAGAAAGAGCUUAGAGAUGGACUGUGAGUGAAGGCAUGAAGGUCCAAUAAGGGAACAGGGGCGGGGUGAAUCAUCAUUGAUGCAAGAAACUUUCCUGCAUACUUUGGUUUCAUACGUUUGUUCUUGUAUUUACUAAGCUGAAGACAGAUGAUCAGAAAACUUACAAAGAUAGAUCCAAAUCUCAUUAAAAGCCAUAGAAUCUGCUGAAGUCUAACAUGAACACGAAGACUGCAUUAGUACAGACAAUUUCACUUCCUGAAAAACACCAUCCAGUAACAAAAGCACAUCUUUGAAACGUCAUUCAAUAAUGUUCUUUACUGGAACAUUUUUCUGUUUUUAUUGUAUGUAUUGAUGCUUUGGAAAUAAAACAAUCAUGCCACAAACUA